GAUGUGCACAUGAAAAGUCCAUUGGUGUCUGUUCCACGAACUCAGGGAUAAGGAAGAAGUCACCAGACCGUCGAAGGAGCCAGCUGCCCAGCUGACUUACAAUCCUUCAAGAGUGUACCAAUUCUUAAAAUCUCUCGCGAUCCCUCUGGGUUUGUCCAUGGGCAGUAUCACUUAACAUCAGGUGAACCUCCUGCCCGUUUGCUCCCCCCCUGUUCUAUAAAAAAAGACAAACAGAGCUUCUGCUAUUAUAUGUAUUAUAUAUUAUAGGAAUUUCGUCAAACAGUCGGAGUCAUGAUUACGAUGAAUCAUUGUGUAUUGUUGAAGAGAUCGUUGAAGGUCACGCACGCCUACGCUAUUAUACUCGAGAUGUAAAACGAACAAGUUAAAGUUCGUUAAUUCCGAGGCCACGGUCCCGUUAAUCCUUUAGACUUAAUAACGAGUUAAUGAAAUUGAAAGUGACGUCAGUUGCGUACGCGCAUGCACAAGCUCAAGUACGAUAUGGAAUAUUGCUCACAUAUCUGCACCGGUUCUUCCAAAUACCAGCUAUCUCUUCAAAUUCAGAGAAGUGCUUGUCAAAUUGUCAAUCUACGCAGAUAAUAGAUGUAUUGCCUCUCUGCGUAUUCUACUAUGGAGAGUGUUCUGAGGAGUUAUUUGGGUUAAUCCAUCCUGCCUCUUCAUCACAUUACGAGCCGUGUUAACUCCAAAUUUCAUCCGCUUCACCAUCGCUGGAAGUCUUCCACGGUUCACAAGACAUUUUAUUGUGCGAACUAGCCUCUAAUGGUUUAAAGAAAGAGUAAACUACUCCCUCAAAGGCCGGCAACGCACCCACUUAAAUGGGUGGCCAUGGGCCGCGAUGAAUGCCCUUACUAUAAACACAAAUGUUAGAAUUUUAAUAGUGGAAUUGUGAUUGGUAGCUUGUCCGAAAUGAAGUUUUCUGUUUCGGGGAGCCGAACUCGGUGAUGUCAGCCUGUUGAGGAAAAUGCCCAAUGUUGAAGUUCUAGCGUUCAGCAUUAACAAGAUCCGUACGCUGGUGGACUUUGCGGGGUGUCGCCGCCUUCGUGAGCUGUACGUUAGGAAGAAUGAGAUCCGGGAUUUAGCUGAGAUCAGGCAUUUGAGACGUCUUCCUGAUCUGACGAACCUCUGGCUGGAUGAGAACCCUUGUACGAGACAUUCAGAGUACAGAAUGACAGUACUUCGUAAUCUUCCGAAUCUGGAGAAGUUGGACAAUGUUCCCGUUAGACCUGAAGAGGUCCAAGAGGCGAUGAGACGCGGCAUUCAUAUACCAGAUUCUGAUGAUGAGGGGUAUCCUCAGCAACAAGAGCAAUACAGCCAGUACCGGACCGCGAGGUCGUGCGAGUCGAGCCCCGAGAGGGAACCCGACUAUUAUCAACCGCAGAGCGCAAGGGAGCAGGGAAGCGACGGUUCCGUCGAAGAAAGCUCUGAACCGAGAUCUCCGCUCGCGCCCACGUGCCCGGCCUCACCGCGCCGGGUCGCCUCGCCCGAAGACGAGAGGUACGACCACCCGGCGAUGACCACUUCCCAUUACGAGCCAAGAGCUGCGAGGUCUCCGGAGGCGGCAUCUCUGAGGCAUUCGGUGUCGGCGCAGAGCGUCACGGACUUCGCGCCGAGCAAUAGCGAGUGGAGACCGUCCGGUACGCUCGCGCAAGACUUUUGCGAGCGGAUUGAUCGAAGCGAUGCGCUCUCUGUCCGGGAAUGGGAGAGGGUCGAAAGAGGCCAGAGGGGGGCCAAUCCGGGGGCCAGGGAGUACUCCUCCGCGGUCAUGACCGAGCGGAGGGGCUUCACCAGACGACCCGUCGCCAGGAGUUCGAAUCUGCUGUCGGCCGUUCUUUGUUUGGUGAAGGAGUUGGACUACCCGAGCUUAGAGGUCGCGGAAAUGGCUGUCAGAUGUCGCAUGGAUGAGCUGGCGAAUAGCAUCUGACAGGAGGUUGAUUAAUCUUAUGGAAUUGGUACAAAGCGAUGGCCAUUUUGUCAAAUGUUGCCAGUUUUGUAAUCGCAAAUUGCUAAUGCGCUGGAACUUUGCGGUACUAAAUCUGUAUCAAUUCAUUGCCCGUCAUAUUGCUUAGUUUUUUGUUAAAUAAUUUUAAAUAUUUUCAGGUUACUAAACAUGAGUGUAAUUUAAUAAUAUUUCAUAAAAUCCUUUCUCCAAAAAAAAAUUUAGUUGACUACUUAAGAAAGCGCAUUAGUAAUUUGCGGCACGCAUACAAAUAAUUAACAUUUAAUCUGUAAAGGAUACCCCGAUGCCCCAAAAGUUGGGGGAAAAUAAUGCAAUUGUGAUUUAAUGUACAUAUAGCUUUUAAAUUUGCAUGAGUUUAUUUGUGCAUGAAGUUUUGAAUUUAUGGCAAUUAAUUAUACACACAAAUAUAAUUUUACUUAAACUUGUUUAUUAAAUUUUCUUUUUAUUUGGUUUUUAAUGUGUUACAAAUUGUUACCUCGUCUUAAUCUGGUAAAUAUGUAAUGCAAAAAAUAUUUGUAUUGUAUCAUAAUUUGACCAUCAUAGUGUGUCAUUUAAACUCACGAAAUUCCAACGAUUGUAAAUAAAUGAUGUCAGAUGUCAACAAUGAUGUAAUUGAAAGUAAAUUAUCAGCGAUUGUUAAAUUUAAAUAUUCCACCUUAAUUUGCUUUUGAUGGAUUUUUAUACAUUAUACCAUUACUAAGGCAUAGUUUGUAUAAUUAUGUUAUAUUAUAAUUAUAUUUGUAGUGUGUAACCGUCCUCGUAAUUUAGUUAAAAUAUACCAUUUUAUAUGUCUCGCUUUAAUUAUACGUUAAAGAUGGAUGGCACGAUGUAUUCACCAGAAAUAGUUUUGCUAUGGCCAUCUAAUCUCAUAAUAUGUAAGAGAGGGAUGGAUUGCAAUGCCUAGACACCUGAAUAGAAAGAUAGUGAAAUCAUAAAUAUGAAUGAUCUGGUAUUUUUUAUUAAAAUAAUUUUUUAACGACUACAUUGCUUUUGGGAGUUGUCUAUGACCUCUUCAAACGUGUAGGGUCUAAACGCUUUAAACGUCAUCAUUAUUACUGAGACUGCUUGCCUUUGCUUAAUAAUGGUCAUGUGACCGUGCAUGGCUGAAUCUCACAAUUGGCUUUACAUGUCGAGACAACCCAUAAGCAUCUCAACAAUUUGUAUCGCGGUGGUCUCGUGACCUUGCGUCAGCUGACGUCACUCACAUACAAAUACUGGCACUUGAAAGUCCAUAAAAUUAUUUCACUAAACUAUGCUUAAAUCGCUCCAGAACCUUUACUACGAAUCAUCUUCGUACUCACAAUACGAAUUGGAUAAGAAUUUGAAAUGGCGUGUAAAUUUGUAUAAACACAAUAAUUUUGUAAAAGGUCGCCAACGCACUUGCGGACCUUCUAACAUUGUGUCUAUCGGCGUUUACGCACGAGCGUCCCGCUCGUUUGCUUCAUACAAAAUAAUAUAUCAUCACAUUGAUCUACAUCAAAUUAAAAUUAAAAUCACAAAAUAAUCUUUAAUUUAAUAGAAUAUUUUCAAAAUUAAAUUAUAUACUAAAUAUGUUUUGGCACUUGGCUACAUAACGCUUCAUUUAUUCAAAAUAUAUUAGUCCUAAAGCUAAAAUGUUAAAUUGUAUUAAUAUAAGAUGUAAAUAAUGUAGAACAAAUUAAAGUGCUAUAACUUGCCCAA